CAUCCUUGUUGCAGAGUUGAAAUGUUUGUCCGCUUAGCAUGUCACAAUGGGGGCUUUGGUGUUUGUGAACAUAUAGUGCAUUAAAUGAUUCAUUCUUGACAGCUAUGUUAGUUGUUAUGCUAUGAAGCUAACACGGAAACAGGUUCUCGCGAAAGCUAAGGCCUCCGACCUGGAAAGCGUGAAGAAAUUGAACUGCUGGGGAUGCAACCUGACUGAUAUUUCUAUCUUCUCCCAAAUGGCCAACAUUGAGGUGCUGACACUUAGUGUCAACAGCAUCUCGUCUCUCUCUCCUCUGGCUGGUUGUCUGUCUCUAUGUGAGCUCUACCUGAGGAGGAACCAGAUCCCCUCACUCUCUGAGCUCUCGCAUCUGCGUCCGUUGACUCGUCUCAGGGUGCUCUGGCUGGCUGAGAACCCCUGUUGUGGAACCGACUCCAGCCAGUAUCGCCUCACUGUACUGCGCUGCCUGCCUCGCCUCCAGAAGCUCGACAACCAAGUAGUGACUGAGGAUGAGCUUGCACUUGCUCUCAUGGAGGGAGAAGAGCUCAGCACCCCCCCAGACAGUGUCCAAAACCAGCUCUCCACCAACGGACUGCCAGAUGCAGAGACGGAGAAUGACCCUCUUAACUACAACAUGGAGGAGACCAACAAAAUCAGAGAGGAGUUGGGGAUGAAACUCCUCUCCAGAGACAAGUUCCCCUCUCUUUCUUCUCCAUCAACCAGAGAAAACAAACAAUCAAUGAAAAAGACGCACAUUGUCGAUGCAGUUCUGCUGCUGCUGAAGGACUUGGAUGAAGAGGAGCUUCACAUCGUACACACAGCUACCCAAAACAGACUCCAGACUUACACGCUGGACUCAGAAAUACUAACAGAUUCACUGCAGACACAGAAAACUGCUGACAUCCAACACUGAAGCAUUAUCAUGGCACGCACUCAGGGCCCAACAUCUCUCCAUCCCGUUUCCAAAACACCCUUUGUUUUUUUACCCGUUACCUUCCAAUUGCAAUAUGCAUGGCAUGUGAUGUAGCUUCACUGACUGCUCUCCCUUUUGUUACAGUUUUCACAUGUGUAGGAGUACUCAAGAACUUCUCUGGCUUUCUUUUUUUUCUUUCAUAGCAGCAUGCCUACCUGCCUUGUACAAACUAAAGAAUGUACAUUUUGCUUUAUGUAAAUCUAUUUCUGUAAGUAAAGAGAUGAAAUUGCAAUAACUUAUUUACUCUUCAGUGUUGAUUUUAAUUACACAGGUGUUAGAUUAAAACAUGUAUACAUCAAAACACAAGAUGUGAAUGUCACAGAGCUAUGAUGGGGAAUUUCUGACAAGUGAAAACAUUUCACCAAUAAUUAGAUUCAAACCAUUCAAAAGUAUGCAGAGCCUGUGAGCCGGGCUCACGUCUUAUGUAGAUCAGAUGUAACCCGGCAUUUCUAUCAGUGACCGAUUCAACCAUUAACCCUAACUGGUUAAGUCAGUGGAUGAACUACACGCGAUACAAGUCAGCCUUUUCUUCUCAGUCGGCCUCUUCGUUCUCCAGGAAAUCCAUCAACGUGCCCGCGUCCACGGCAACGACUAAGUACUCCACUCCGUCAGCACCCUGGAGCAUCAUGGGAAUAAAUGUUAAGUGACCGACACUGCAGUCUGCAGAUAGUUAUGACACUGAAUGAGGGCCGGUAAUUCUGGAGUGAAACAGGACCCCACCUUGCGUGUCCGUAUCAGUUUGUGGUCUCUGAACUCAGUCAGCUGAGUCCUCAGUGUGAGGUCAGAGUUCACCAAGAACGCCUCUCGACAACGCUGGUAGAAAUCUUGGAAUGACAAUCCUGCACACAGUGACUGGAAAAUAUGACAAUCACCAAGCAACAAAUA